AUGGCUACUCAAAGACUAUCGUUGAACUCUCCUUCUACUCCGACUAGGACAUCCAGAUUCGCCGUCCAGGACGAGUCCCACGAGCUAGACAGCUUCGAACAUCUCGCGUCUUCCCAACCCAUCUCCCUUAGUCAGCUCUGUGCCAGAGCAAGUUCACGCCUACGAACUGAAAAGUCCUCGAAGCGGUCGCAUAUUGAGAGCCACGAUGACGAUGAUACAAAGGGUACAUCCAGCAUUACGGAUUCACGCGACGCGAGCGAAACCAAAUCUCUCUCUCGGCUCUCCAAGAUUCAUCACGCAAAUAGUAAGGAGUGCAGGUUGGACAGAUAUAAAGAAGACGUUCUGAUGCCUUCCCGCUUCUACUCAGAAACGCAGAGCGAAGCUUUCGAGCCUUCCAACGAACAAGAUUCGGACACAUGGUACAAUCGUGGAGAUAUUCAUCCACAUAGAAACCCCUUGAGCUAUUCCUGCGGCUACGACUCGCCCUUCACUUAUUCAGCUUCUGGUCCAUAUGAUGCAGUUUCAAGCAGUCCAUUCGUCAAAAAUACGAAUUCUCACAACGAAUUUGGGACUUGGCCUGCAGCCAGGUCCUACCAAAGAUUACUGUCCGCGUCGCCCGCAAACUCUCGUUUGAACAAUAUUUUGGCAGAAUCGUCGUUCAGCAUUUACAGAGAGUCCUUUGAUCGUCCAGAAAACCAAUCUCCUUACGAAUCACUCUACGCUCAGCGUUCUAGCCACAAUCAUCCCGAUAUUCGUGAUGUCGCUGCCAACAUGCAAACCUUGUCGGCUGAACCGCACGUUGAACGCAAGAUGACGAGAAUGACGUACUUGUCAUCGCACUAUGAUGUCCUUCACGAGCAUUCCUCUGAUCUAGAUAUUAUGCACGCUGGUGACCAGCCUUCUACACCUGGUUCAUCCCCUGUUACGAUUUCAGACCAGAAGUACCCCCAUGGCAAACAUAGUGCACGACGUGCCGAGCACACUGAGAGUCCAAGCCCUGAAGAGAUUAGAAGGAGAAGCGUUAAAGACGAAGUUACUGCUUACCUCAGGGCUAUCGUUCAGAACUCCCAUCCUAACGCAAGCCAAAUGGAAGCACAGAGCUUAUCCCAGCAAACGAAAACCUCUCUGUCAGAGUACAGCUCUGCAGAGAGCAUUACGGAGGAAAUGGCUUCUCGGGGAAAAUAUGCCGGCACCGACAACGAAGUCAAGCACAGCUCUUCUGGUGCUUCCUGGGACAAUCUAGAAACCGAAGACCACACGCCUGCCACCGCCUCGAAAGAAGCCCGUGUCUCAUUCUCCCAACAUGGCUAUCUGUAUGAAGCGAUCAAAGAGAAGAUGGCAAAGAAGGCGCAUGAGUCUAAGCUGAGCAAAACUAAUACACCCAUGGGACCCUCCUACCUUGGACGAAACCCCAUUCAAGUGCAGGAGAGGAUUGAUGAUGCAACGUCCUGGUUUUCGAACGACAACAGAGGCAACCAACAGCUUCCUAUUUCGAUCAAGACCCAUCCACCAAUCAGUUGA